GGUGCCCUGCUGCGGCCGUGGAGGUUGUCAAACACCUCGUGACUGCCCGUGGCUCCCGCUCCCCCCUCGUCCGGUACAGCACCCUGCAUCGCCCCCAACUGCGCUCCAUGUGCGGCAUGGCUGGCCGCCUCACGCUGGCGGCCCUGGCGGCGGCGCUGUCGGCCGAAAGCCUGUGGAUGCCUUUGUCGGCGGUCGUCUUCAGGAUCACCUCGCAAGCGAAAAGAACGGCCUCACCCCAGACCAGCGGAAGGCAGCCCACCUGCUGGCGUACGAGAAGGAUUUCACCGUUGAGCUCAACAUGACGGAUGCCCACAUACAUGGCAAGACCAUGGGCGUGCAGCUGGAUGCAGACACGGAUUUCACCCCUAUCGUGGUCCUGAAGAUCAAGAAGAACGGCCUGCUGGAGGAUUGGAACAGAGCCAAUCCGGACAUGGCGGUGCACGUGGGCGAUGAGAUCAUGCAGGUCAACGAUAUCCUCUGGCACCACAACACGCAUACCUUUGCCGAGCGCAUCAGGGGCCAGUUCCUCGCCGCCAAGGAGUACAGGGAGGGCGCCAAGCGCGUGCUGACCCUGGCCAUCCAGCGCCCGAGGCGCCAGAGGGAGGUCCGCUACGAGUCGCAGAGGCAGGACUUGCACCGUCAGCUGUACACGAAAGAGUUCACCGCCAACAUCUCUCUGGUGCGAGGGCACGAGAUGGGCUGGGAGCUGAACACCACCGUCGACUGGGAGCCGGUGUCCGUCCGCAAGCUCAACAGUACGGGCCUCGUGGCCCGCUGGAACCAAGAUCACCCAGAAUAUCGGAUCUACCCUGGCGACGAGAUCUUGAAGGCGAACCACGUCGUGUGGCACCACAACUCCAAGGCGUUCGAGGGCCGCAUUGGCUUGCAGUUGCGCAAAGUGGAUCAGGUCGGCAACGCCUCGAACAUGACCCUGUCCUUGCACGUCAGGAGGCCUAAGUCCGUGGUCGAGGAGCUCGAGAACAGGUCGUUCGAGAAGAUGUUCUCCGUGACCUUGUCGUGGACCGACGGGCUGCGCCCGUUCGGCUGGACCCUGCAGACCAACACCACGGACCCCGUCAGCAUCGCGUCCAUCAGCGG